AUGAAGCUCCUGGUCUUUACAACACUGUUAUCUACAGUCUGCUAUGUCAGUGCAGGCAAGACUGCAAGGCUGUUGGCAGCUAUGAAUGCCAUGAAUGGUAUGGGGAUGGGAGUGAAUCCAGCCGCCGCCGGCCUGUUAGGUGGAGGCUUAGUGCGUCCCAUUGUAAUUCCAGGGGGCGCGGGGUUCAUUGGGCAACCCCAGUUUCCUCAGUUUGUGCCCGCUCUACCUGCCUACGGUGUCCCGCCAGCACCCAUUCCAAACAUGUACCCUGCCCCAGCCCCAGCAGCCAAUCAGUAUCCUUACAUGGGGGUUGCACAGAUGGGGCCAAUCACCCCUCCACAACCACUCCCACAGCAACUCAUGGGUGGUUUCCCUAUGGGCAACAUGCAGCAGCAACAACCACAGCUGGUCCCAGCUCAGCUGGACCCAGUCCAACGCUUCAGGCGUCAGGUCAUGAUCCCAGACAGUACAGCAGCGGCCACAGUGGACACUCAGAUUCCGCCUCCAACUGAGGAUCCUAGUGCUUGUAGCAAUGAAGUUACUCAGUGAAGUUAAUCAGAAAAA